AUGGCCGCCAAUUACUGGCACUCGACACAGUGUCAUCGCUGGCUGUUGGAGUCGACUGAGAUCGAGGCAGCACGCGAGGAGGAUCGACGGUAUGCGGACUCUCAUGAGAUCUUGGCUAUUAGCACAUGGUGCUUAGACACAAUCAUUACCCUUGCGAAACGUCUGCAACUUCGGCAACGCGUAGUGGCUACUGCCAGUGUCUAUUUCCAGCGAUUUUAUAUUCACAAUUCAUACGCUGCCACUGAUCCCAUUUUGGUCCUUGUGACAUGCGUAUAUGUGGCCAGCAAAGUGGAAGAGUCGCCGGUCCGGAUUCGCACCUUCUGUGCCGAGGCUGCCAAAAUGAUGAGCGAAUGGGGCUACAAAGACCUGCCUAAUAGCGUAUCGAUGAUUGCCGAAAUGGAAUUCUUCCUGCUCGAAGAGCUAGAAUUCGAUCUCGUCGUGUUUCAUCCCUACAGCUCCCUACCACACCUCUGCCAGGCCUGCCUCGCACAUCGGCCUCCGCAGCGCGGAGGACGCCCUGCACCGCACGUGUAUGCGGAGGAUGGGGAUCAUGCCAAGUCUGACAGCUUACUGCAGGUGUGCUGGCUCAUUGUGAAUGAUAUGUACAGAACCAGUCUUCCGCUGGAGCAACCGCCGUAUAUGCUGGCCAUCGCCAGCUUGUACCUCGCGGUCAUAUUGCAUCCCACCACUGCCGAACAUAUAUAUGAUGCCACGUAUACCAACGAGCAGUCCAUGGCCACGGACGAUGUUGUCUCUUUCUUAGCCGGCCUCAAUGUCUCCUUGCCUAUGGUCACCCGCAUCGUCCAGCAAAUGAUGGCACAUUAUACCCUAUGGCACGAACUCUCACUACCUGCUACCAAUACUCGCAUCGCCUUUACGGAUCACGCGGCUAUGUUCCAGCGGCUCUAUCGUAUGCGAAAUGAUCGAUACAAGGCUUUACUGCUUAUCGAUGGCGGCGCUCAUACCCUUUCUACCUUAGCUGCGCCGUCGUACGACCUGCCUGAUACACCUCAACGGCUAGCUGCAUGA